CACCGCUGGUGCAAGUGUUUGUCAAUAGCGAAGGUCAAAAAAAAUCCUCAGAACGUAGCAUACGUAGCAUUUUUUUUACCAUUGCUGGAGGUUCGAAUUGGCACACGCUUGUUAAUGUAUUAUUAGACUCUGUUAUUCCAAGAAAGCAUCAGAAACCUAAAAGAAAAUGGACACGAAAUAAUUGGAUAUAUAAGAAAAUCAACUCACGAAAAAGACGAUAGCAUACGCAUUCGUUUGCUGAACUAAAUGAGCGCAAGUCUGAAAGAAAGAUCCACUGUAACGAAAGUAUUUUCAAGUGUUUCCUAUGACGGAAAUCAAACUUUACUUGCGAGAGACUCAAAAAAGAAUACUGAUAUGUUGUCAAAAAUAAUCUCUGAGGCCUGCAGCCACAUCACA